AUAGGAUGUCUGUCUGCAAUCUCUAUUGCAAAGGAGGAAGAAACUAAAUUAGGCACUGUUAUUGGAAUUGAUCUUGGGACAACUUAUUCUUGUGUUGGUGUUUACAAGAAUGGGCAUGUUGAAAUCAUAGCAAAUGAUCAAGGAAAUCGUAUUACACCGUCUUGGGUUGCAUUCACUGACAAGGAAAGACUGAUUGGUGAGGCUGCAAAGAACCAGGCAGUAGUAAACGCCGAGAGAACCAUAUUUGAUGUUAAGAGACUCAUUGGAAGAAGGUAAUGCACAGUUUUCUAAGCACAUCUGCUUGGUUUAUAUCAUAUGAAAUUGCGCUAAUAGUUUCCUUGUUGACAGGUUUGAGGAUCAGGAGGUUCAGAAGGAUGUGAAGCUGGUUCCAUACAAGAUUGUGAACAAGGAUGGGAAACCUUAUGUACAAGUCAAAAUCAGGGAUGCGGAAGUUAAAGUCUUCAGCCCCGAGGAGAUCAGCGCAAUGGUUCUAACAAAGAUGAAGGAGACAGCUGAAGCAUUCCUUGGAAAGGAGAUUAAAGAUGCGGUAGUUACAGUUCCUGGUAUGUGGUUAUUCAUCGAAACAUAGUUUGAUCUGUUGUAUCACACAUGCCCGCCACAUUUUAACGUGCUAAUUGAUAUCAUGCAUACUUUAACCUGAUUGAUUUCUUGCAGCAUACUUCAACAAUGCUCAAAGGGAGGCUACCAGAGAUGCAGGUAUUAUUGCCGGACUUGAUGUUGCAAGAAUUAUCAAUGAACCAACUGCUGCAGCUAUUGCUUAUGGACUGGACAAGCAAGACGAGGAGAAGAACAUCCUUGUUUUUGACCUUGGUGGUGGGACAUUUGAUGUCAGUAUCUUGACCAUUGAUAACGGCGUGUUUGAGGUUCUAUCCACUAAUGGUGACACCCAUCUGGGAGGUGAGGAUUUUGAUCAGAGGGUCAUGGAAUACUUCAUCAAGCUGAUAAAGAAGAAGCAUGGAAAAGACAUAAGCAAGGAUUACAGAGCUUUGGGAAAGCUCAGAAGAGAGUGUGAACGUGCCAAGAGGGCAUUGAGCAGUCAACACCAGGUCCGAGUUGAGAUUGAAUCUCUCUUCGACGGGACUGAUUUCUCCGAGCCAUUGACCCGUGCUCGCUUUGAGGAGCUGAACAAUGACCUCUUUAGGAGGACAAUGGGACCUGUGAAGAAGGCUAUGGAAGAUGCCAGACAGAUUGGAGAAGAACCAAAUUCACGAGAUUGUACUUGUUGGUGGAAGCACCCGAAUCCCAAAGGUUCAACAGCUUCUCAAGGAAUACUUCAACGGCAAGGAGCCUAACAAGGGUGUGAACCCAGACGAAGCAGUUGCAUAUGGUGCUGCUGUACAAGGUGGAAUUCUAAGCGGAGAAGGUGGUGAUGAAACUAAAAAUGUUCUUCUAAUUGAUGUCACCCCACUUACCCUUGGUAUUGAAACUGUGGGUGGAGUGAUGACCAAACUGAUUCCUAGAAACACUGGGAUUCCAACCAAGAAGUCCCAAGUUUUCACUACUUACCAGGAUCAACAGACCAUCGUCUCCAUUCAGGUACUUAUUUAGUUGCCAUUAAGUAAUAAACACAACUAGCAGACAUGUUUUUUUAUCUUGCCAUGUUUCUUGAUACCAAAUGUGUUUUCUGCAAUAUAUAUUUGACAGAUUUUUGAAGGUGAGAGGAGUCUUACCAAGGACAACAGACAUCUUGGAAAGUUUGAUCUUACUGGAAUUCCACCAGCUUCAAGGUUUGGUAUCUGCUCAUCUCUCCCCCAAAUUUUAUUAAUAUAAAUAUUAUCUCAAAUUUUAUUUUUAAUGAGGGGUGUGAUAAAACCUGCAUUCCAUUAGUUAGCAAAAUAAAAGCAACCUAAAACCAGAAGUAAAUCUAGAUGCUCCAAAAUGAUCCUAGAAACAGUUUUUUAGAGGCUGGGGAGAGCAGAAGCUAGCAAACCGAUUCUGGUUCUGCUUUUAAAAAAGAAGAAUGAAAGAAUCAAUACCAAACACCCCUAUCAUGCUUGACCGACUGAAUCAUUGAACAGGGGAACCCCACAAAUUGAAGUGACAUUUGAGGUAGACGCAAAUGGGAUAUUGAAUGUGAAAGCUGAAGACAAGGGGACUGGGAAAUUAGAGAAGAUAACCAUCACCAAUGAGAAGGGGCGGCUGAGUCAGGAAGAUAUUGACCGCCUAGUUCGUGAAGCGGAAGAGUUCGCCGAGGAAGAUAAGAAAAUGAAGGAGAAGAUUGACGCCCGCAAUAGUCUGGAAACGUACGUUUACAACACGAAGAACCAAAUCAGUGACAAGGACAAGCUUGCAGAUAAGCUUGAGUCUGAUGAGAAGGAGAAGAUCGAUACUGCAGUGAAGGAGGCCCUUGAGUGGUUAGAUGACAACCAGACUGCUGAAAAGGAGGACUAUGAUGAAAAGCUUAAAGAGGUUGAGGCUGUUUGCAAUCCUAUCAAUUCCUCUGUCUACGGAAGAUCAGGCGGCGGCCCGGGUGGUGGAGCGUCUGAAGAACAAAAAGCAAUGCAAUAUCGGACUAAAUUUAAGCAGAGUAAUGCUACUAGCAGC